CCGCCCUGAAAGCCGACGCCCCAGGGCUCCGAUGUCUGCGCAGCUCUGAGAGCCCAGCCCGUGGAGGCCAAGGCCACUGGUGCCUGCAGCUGGCCCCAGCCAGGCCUCAAUCCCUGUUUUCAGAGGCAAACAUUUAUCAGUCACCUACUGUUCCAUAGGAAGCAGCAGGCCGGCCACUGUAGGGGAUAAAUGGCAAGACUGUGCCCUGCCUUCAGGUGCCCACCAGCCUGAGCUCCUUCCUAGUGCCACCAGGAACCAUUGAUCCCAGUCUCCUGCUGCCUCCACCCCUGCAGUCAGUCCCCCAGUCAACCUGUCACCAUGGCAGCCCUGAUUGCAGAAAACUUCCGCUUCCUAUCGCUCUUCUUCAAGAGCAAGGAUGUGAUGAUUUUCAACGGACUGGUGGCACUGGGCACAGUGGGCAGCCAGGAGCUGUUCACUGUGGUGGCUUUCCACUGCCCUUGCUCACCAGCCCGAAACUACCUGUACGGGCUGACAGCCAUUGGUGUGCCUGCCCUGGCACUAUUCCUCAUCGGCGUCAUCCUCAACAACCACACCUGGAACCUAGUUGCCGAGUGCCAGUACCGGAGGACCAAGAACUGCUCAGCUGCCCCCAACUUCCUCCUUCUAAGCUCCAUCCUGGGCCGUGCGGCUGUGGCCCCUGUCACCUGGUCUGUCAUCUCCCUGCUGCGCGGUGAGGCCUAUGUCUGUGCUCUCAGCGAGUUCGUGGACCCCUCCUCACUCACGGCCGGGGAAGAGGGCUUCCCACCAGCCCACGCCACAGAAAUCCUGGCCAGGUUCCCUUGUGGGGAGGGCCCUGCCAACCUGUCAGGCUUCCGGGAGGAGGUCAGCCGCAGACUCAAGUACGAGUCCCAGCUCUUCGGGUGGCUGCUCAUCGGCGUGGUGGCCAUCCUGGUGUUCCUGACCAAGUGCCUCAAGCAUUACUGCUCGCCACUCAGCUAUCGCCAGGAGGCCUACUGGGCACAGUACCGCGCCAACGAGGACCAGCUCUUCCAGCGCACGGCCGAGGCGCACUCGCGGGUGCUGGCUGCCAGCAACGUGCGCCGCUUCUUCGGCUUCGUGGCACUCAACAAAGACGAUGAGGAGCUGGUUGCCAAGUUCCCAGUGGAAGGCACACAGCCUCGGCCACAGUGGAACGCCAUCACCGGCGUCUAUUUGUACCGUGAGAACCAGGGCCUCCCACUCUACAGCCGCCUGCACAAGUGGGCCCAGGGUCUGGCGGGCAAUGGCACAGCCCCGGACAACGUAGAGAUGGCCCUGCUUCCCUCCUAAGGGGCCUGUUCCCACACUCUUUGCAAAUGACAGAACUUGGUCCCAAACUGAACCCCACUGCCAGCUCAUAUCAGCAUCUGAAGAUUUUU